GGGGAAAACCAGCCAGCCGCGGUACAGUGUCUUAAGGAUGAACCACUUAUCCUUCAGUGAGCUAUGUUGCCUGUUCUGCUGUCCACCGUGCCCCAGCAAGAUUGCCUCCAAGCUGGCCUUCCUGCCCCCAGAACCCACCUACAGCCUCAUGUGUGACGACAGUGGCAGCAGAUGGACUCUGCACCUCUCUGAGCGAGCCGACUGGCAGUAUUCUGCACGUGAAAAGGACGCCGUCGAGUGUUUCAUGACACGCACCUCUAGAGGAAACCGAAUUGCCUGCAUGUUUGUCCGCUGUUCACCUAAUGCUCGUUACACUCUUUUAUUCUCUCACGGGAACGCAGUGGACUUGGGCCAGAUGAGCAGCUUCUACAUUGGCCUAGGCUCACGGAUCAACUGCAAUGUCUUUUCCUACGACUACUCUGGUUACGGGGCCAGUUCUGGGAAACCCUCGGAGAAGAACCUGUACGCAGAUGUAGAUGCUGCCUGGCAUGCACUCCGGUCACGAUACGGCAUCCGUCCAGAGAGUGUGAUUGUGUACGGUCAGAGCAUUGGCACAGUGCCCUCUGUGGACCUAGCUUCUCGCUACGAGAGUGCCGCAGUCAUCCUCCACUCCCCGCUCACCUCCGGCAUGAGAGUGGCUUUCCCUGACACAAAGAAGACCUACUGCUUUGAUGCCUUUCCAAACAUUGACAAGAUUUCCAAGGUAACGUCACCGAUCCUCGUGAUCCACGGUACGGAGGACGAGGUCAUCGACUUCUCGCACGGCCUGGCUCUAUACGAACGCUGUCAGCGCCCCGUGGAGCCACUCUGGGUGGAGGGGGCCGGGCACAACGAUGUGGAGCUCUACGGACAAUACCUGGAGAGGCUCAAACAGUUUGUUGCACACGAGCUGGCCAACUUGUAGAGGUGCUCAAAGAAAAAGAAAAGCUGUGGAAUGAUUAAAGGAGAAAUG